AUGGUCACUCUAAAAGCCCUAUCCCUGGGCCUCCUCGCCAGCCCCACAUUCGCAAUAAACUAUACACAACCCUACCGCCCGCAAUUCCACUUCUCACCGACAAAGAACUGGAUGAAUGACCCAGCCGGACUAAUCUAUCACAAUGGAAAUUAUCAUCUCUACUUCCAAUAUAACCCCGGCGGCAUCGAGUGGGGAAAUAUGUCCUGGGGACAUGCGACGAGUGACGACCUAACGCAUUGGCAAGAACAACCUGUCGCCCUGCUUGCCCGAGGUUUCCCCGACAAUGUGACGGAGAUGUUCUUCACAGGUAGUGCUGUGGCGGACGAGCAGAAUACCAGUGGCUUUGGUGCUGGUGGGAAGACUCCCCUGGUGGCGCUGUAUACUUCCUACUACCCAAUCGCCCAGACUCUCCCAAGCGGCAAAGAAGUAAAAACCAAUCAACAAUCCCAAUCCCUCGCCUACAGCCUAGACGACGGCACGACCUGGACAACAUACGACGCCGGCAACCCCGUAAUCCACAACCCACCCAGCCCCUACGAGGAGGAAUACCAAAACUUCCGCGACCCCUUCGUCUUCUGGCACGCCGAGACAAGAAAAUGGAUAAUGGUCAGCACCCUCGCAGGAAUCCACAAACUAGCCCUCUGGACCUCGGACAACCUAAAAGACUGGUCCCACGCAAGUUUCUUUGGCCCCUUCAAUGCCGUCGGCGGCGUCUGGGAAUGCCCCAACCUCUUUCCGCUUGACCUCGACUCCUCCACGAAAUGGGUCAUGGUCAUGGGACUGAAUCCCGGUGGUCCGCCUGGGACCGUGGGAUCGGGGACGCAGUACUUUAUUGGUGACUUUGAUGGAACGACUUUCGUGCCGGAUGAGGAUAGUGUUUAUGAGGGAAAUAAGUCCGCGAAUUGGAUGGACUGGGGACCAGAUUUUUAUGCUGCGGCUAGCUAUAAUGGGCUCGAUGAGCGCAUGGCUGUUGGCUGGAUGAAUAAUUGGCAGUAUGGCGAGAAGAUACCCACGUACCCUUGGCGCAGUGCAAUGUCUACGCCGCGACAGCUAUCGUUGAAGACGAUUGGAGGGAAACCGACUCUAAUCCAGCGCCCACAUGCCCAGAUCCAGUCCAUCGAAGGGAAGGAUCACUCUUCAUCAUGGAAGUUCUUCGAAGAGGGAACUCAAGACCUCGGCUCUGUGGGUAAAACCCUCGACAUCGAGCUGAGUUUCUCCGCAUCAAACGCAACCGACUUUGGAAUCAUCGUCCAAGCAACCCCAGAUUUCAAAGAGCAAACGAAGAUCGGAUACAACUUCACCAGCCAGAUGAUAUUCGUUGACCGGCGGAACUCCGGCGAGUCCUCAUUCGACGGUACCUUUGCGAGUAUCUACCAUGCGCCGCUGGCGCCGUCUUACGAUGGGACGGUGCAUCUUCGGAUUCUGGUGGAUUGGUCUAGUGUUGAGGUUUUUGGAGGACAGGGAGAAACUACACUUACGGCGCAGAUAUUUCCGGAUAGGAGCGCGACAUUUGCGAGGCUUUUUUCGAACGGUGGAGGAGUGGAGGAUGUGAAGGUUGAUAUGAAGAGGGUUUCUUCUAUUUGGAAUUAG